ACGGGUUAGGCGGAGUCAUUUUUGCGCAGCCGCAUACUGCACGACUUUUCUCUGUUACUCCUCUUCACCAUUUGAACUUGAAGUGCAAAUACAGUUUGGUGCUGAGGGGUACAGGUAUGGAAUUCCUUGGUUCUCCUCUUCGUACUUUAAGGGGACUGCUGCGAGAAUUGAGAUUUCUGCAUGAGACUACCGGCCGAAAUUACAGAGAUUCCAUGGCUUACAAGUAUAUAAUGGAUCACUAUCGUAAAAAUCAGGUGACCAGUGAGAAGCUGUGCCGUGCUCAGCAGGAAUUUCAUCACCAAGCUGCCACCUACCUGUGUCUACUCCGCAGUGUACGAGAGCAUCUAGCACUCCAUCAGCAAUAUCAUGCUAAAGGUGAAAGGUCACCCGAUGAGGUGUCCAGACUGGUUGGACUGCAGUUGCCUCAGCAACCUGGGGGAAAAGGUUGGGAAAAGUGAGCGUGUAGUGUCACAAUGGAAAUGCCGAAUGAGUUUAUGCAUUGUUAUUCUGAAGUAAUGCAUUACCGUGACCAGUUAAUGGUUUACAGUGUCAUUUUUGGAUGAUUAGCUGUGUUCUGAGAAGUGGCUUUACUCACUAUUGCCUGGAGUAACUCUGUUCAGGAUACCUUUUGAAGUAGUCACUUGCUGACAUCAACUUGAAGUCUGACAUCCUUGGAUUAUGCGUUGUUGUUGGCUGUUGCUGGAUAUAUAGAAAUAAAAUCACAAGCGGCUAUUUAAUUGAAUGGAUAUUUGUAGGAUAUCAGCCGGCUGAUUUGCGUGUGUGGCUGUAUGUCUACAAACAUACAAUAUGAUUACAAAAAUUCUGCUACAGUAGUGGAAAAUGUAUUAACAUGCUGUUUUUAUCCUUAAUUGCAGUCACUGUUUUAGGUAACUGAAAAAUGUAAAUUUGAUGGCGAAUGUUGCUCUGCAGACUGCUUUUCUUUUCUCUACCCACUUUGCGCACAACUUGACACAUUAAAGUUCUUAAUUCUCA